CUUGACUGUUUUGAAACAGUGGCGGUCUAGUCGGGCAUCCAGCAGCAUUUCAAGUGACCUGGAAAUUGAGUGCAAUGCAAAGGGCUUCACGGCUGAAGAGGGAGCUGCAUCUGUUGACCACGGAACCACCUCCAGCCAUUACUUGCUGGCAGAAUGGAAGUCGCAUAGAUGAACUCAGAGCCCAAAUAUUGGGUUCUGCAAAUACACCUUAUGAGAAAGGUGUUUUUGACUUGGAAGUAGUUGUGCCUGAAAGAUAUCCAUUUGAACCCCCAAAGAUGCGCUUUCUCACUCCCAUCUACCAUCCCAACAUUGACUCAGCUGGAAGAAUUUGCCUGGAUGUUCUCAGAUUGCCACCCAAGGGUGCGUGGAGGCCAUCUCUGAAUAUUGCCACUCUGCUGACUUCCAUACAGCUGCUUAUGAAUGAACCCAACCCUGAUGACCCUCUCAUGGCUGACAUUUCCUCUGAGUAUAAAUACAACAAGCAAGCAUUCCUCAGAAAUGCCAGACAAUGGACAGGGAAGUAUGCAAGCCAGACAACAAUGACUUCGGAAAUUUCAGAUGAAGAGAAUCACCAAAACAAGAUGAACUUACCCAAAGAUUCCAACAUUUCUCAGAAAAGGAAAGGAAGCAAUAUCAGUGGAUUGUCCAAAAAGUCUCGCUCAGAAACAGAGGAUUUGCUGCUGUAGAGUAUCCCAGUAUCUGUGUGUGCUUAUAAUGUUACCUUCCAUCACUUAAAUAGGCAUAAUGCAACGAAUAUACUAUUUACUUAUUAUGUUAUUAUCUCUCCUGUUGUGUAAAUGAUCUUAUUA